CCCUCCCCUGAAUCCCCCUCCCCAGGACAGAACACAGCUCUGAUGACCUCCGCACCGGGCUGUUCCAGUACAUACAGAACUCAGCCUAUCAGAAACUACCUGGUCCAUAUGAGGUUGUGUUCUAUAACGAAACAGACGACAGUCCCGGCGUCAUGCUGUGGCGUUACCCAGAAUCCCGUGUGUUGACCUUCGUACGCAUCACUCCAGUCCCCUUCAACACCACCGAGGACCCCGAGAUCAGCACCGCAGACCUGGGAGACAGACUGAAGGUGCCGUGCAGCCUGGAGUAUUGGGACGAGCUCCAGCACGCCUUCGUCCCCUACCGAGAGUUCAGCCUAUCAGAGAGUAGCGCUUGCGAGCUGACCCUGCCCAGCCUGACGCUGACCAAUGAGCAGAAGGAUCUGGUGACCUCUGACCUGUGGAGGAUCGUCCUCAACAACAACCCAGACGGAGGAGACGAACAGAGUUCUGACAGUGAGUCAGGUUCUCAGCAGGGUUCCUCGGGGUCCCAGCUUCUGCCCUGUGACCAGCUGGUGUCCCCCACGGCGCUGGCAGCUUGUACCCGUGUCGACUCCUGCUUCGCCCCCUGGUCCGUGCCCUCCCUGGGCGUGUCUCUCACCCUGGCACAGAUACAGCUGCACCUCUACCACCAUUUGGAGCAGCUGGGCACAGCGCCGUCACGUCGACUCCGCCCCUUCCUGCCGGACAGGAAGUUGCCCCAGGAGCAAGAGUACCUGGUCAUCGGGGCACAGGAGCCGCGGCUGUUCCUCCGCCAGUGGAGUGGCGGCGGUAACGUCAGCGCCGCCCGGCUCUGCCAGGAGAUCCAGUUCUCCACCGAGCUGGACUGCAGACUGUUGGAGUACCGGAACUUGACUUGGCUCUGCCUGCUGCAGCCGUUCAUACUGCAGGGUCAGGCUGCGGUCACACGCUGCUCCAACAACGUCCUCCUGGACGGGAACGUCUUCGUAGACCCGGUCUUCAUCAACAUCAGCCAGAACACCGUACACAGUCUGGAUACAGCCCUACGGGGCUGGCAACAGAACGGGGAUGAAGGUGCAGAGGAGUUGUUGAUUAGUCACCAUGUGCUCUGUAACGACACCCAGGAGACCCUGAGGUUUGGCCAGGUGGACACCGAUGAGAACGUCCUGCUGCCCUCCUUACACAGCCACCAGUACAGCUGGAGGAGCCACAAGUCACCACAGCUCCUUCACAUCUGCAUAGAGGGCUGGGGUAACUGGCGUUGGUCUGAGGCCUUCAGUGUGGACAACGUGGGGACUCUGUUGAGGACUAUUCAAUAUAAAGGACGGACUGCCUCGCUCAUCAUCAAGGUGUUGCAGCUCAACGGUGUCCAGAAACAGGUACCGUAUUCAAUUCAAUAAAUCUUUAUUGUUCCCAAAAGGCAAUUCAUGUGCAACCCAUCUUCCUGUUGUG